AUGACAAGUAGUAGCAGCAACAAUCCUAACAGAGGUACUUUGAAAUUAUCACCCAGGAGUCACCAGGAUGAAAUUACACGGUUAUCACCCUCGCCGACCAGCAACACUCAUAUGCAUCCGAAUUUCCUCUACGGCAAAAUUUUACCGGACGGAAGGCCGAAUUUUCUCACCGACUACGGAUUCAAUUUUCAAAAUUACGGUCCUCUAGGCACCAAUCACAGCAAAUGUUGCGUCACAGGCCCGUUUGCAAACGAUCUGAAUUUUGGACACUUGUAUACUAUCAGCAAAGCUGAAAAGGAAGAACGAACCUACGAUGAACCUUACACAGGUGACCUAAGUAGAAGAUCAUGGUUCUGUUGUCCAGGCUCACAACCGCGAGUAGAUUGUGAGCAACCACCCCUACUCCAUGACAGUAAAUCACCAACCACUCCAUCAGAUAUUAUCACCAAAGCUCCAGGUCACAUUCCUAUCUGUAAUGGAACUUGUGAACGACUGCAAAUUCAAUUGGACGAACAAUCCCAAAGGUACGAAGAACAACUUACCGAACUACAUUCUGUGAUAGCUGAACUUACUAGAAAACUUCAUCAGCAAAGAACGAUGGCAAUAACCGAAGAAGAUGAAAUAUCAGAAUCUUGCACAAGUGCACACGAAGAAUCAAUAACGUGUCCUUUAGAAGUAAGCGAAUUGGAACCUCUCGAGAACGAACUAUCAGAUUUGGAAAAUAAAAUUCCGCUGGCAGAAAGUCCUUUAGAACUCCCCGAACCAAAGCUGAUAACUUCGAAUCAAGGAAAUUCCGACCCAUCGCCUUCGUCAGAAAUUUUAGAACCAUUAAAGCAAGAAAUCAUAUCCCUAAAGCAACAGUUACACGAAGCACAUACGAGGCUGGCCCAAUUAACGUUGAGUCGUAUCGAAGCAGGCGAUGAGGAGACUGUAACUUGUAAGGACGAUAUUGAAUGUUUGAAAAAGAACAUGCAUAACAGUAAAGAGCACGGGUUGGAUAAUUACAAAAUAUUCUCGGAAGACUGCAAAACUUUGGACUCCCCAGAAAGUCAUAUAGAAGUCGAUUGCGAACCGAAAUCGUAUCAUGAAGAUAAGGCUGAUAUUAAGUUUAGUAACAUAGUGCCCAUCCAUAAAACUUCCAUAAUGAAAACUGAGGCGUUUAAUAUUCCUGUUACCAAAGUAGCAGAACGGUUAGCUCUCCUGUGUGGAAAAUACGAAUCGAACGCCAUCGCGUUGAGAUUAUCCCUAGGAAUAACGGACAGGACCAUAGAAGCGUAUGACGUACUUUUAGCUUUGUUAGAAACCGAGUUAUCGAUAAACGAAGAGAACCCACUCACUGUACAAAAUCGAACUGCAGCUGAAACUGUGGCUAAGCAACUUCUAAGUCAUUUGGAUUCUCAUCAGAAUUCGGACGUUCUUCUCUCGCCUUGGCAAAAUCAUGUUUAUAGUACACCAAUAGAAAUCAACGAACCGUGGACGUCGGAACACGAAUUAAGGCUGCGGGAGCAUGUUUCCAGAUUGAAAGCGGAAAGAAGCAACAUUCAGGGCACUUACGUCACUUUGGAGUCUACUCAAGUGGAAAAUGCCCCUGUGAGGCCCUCCAGCAGUCAAGAGGCUAGAAAAAUGGACCUCGAAAUGGCCGUAUUAAUGCAGGAAUUAAUGGGUCUUCGUGAGGACAAGACUGAGCUACUGUCAAAGCUAUUUAUAAUAGAAAAGGACAAGAAUGCUCUCGAAAUUAAACUAAAAUAUGUGGAAGGCCAACAAAAAGCACAAUCGGCAACUUUAAAAAAUCUUCAAGGACAACUCAAAGACACAGAAGCUCUUUUGGCGCUAGCAACCCAACAUAAGGAAAGAGGUUACUGUGAUGCAGAACAUGCUCAGGGUGUCGAACUGGAACUAAUGCAAGCACUAGCACGAGAGGCAAGACUGAAAGUUAGACUACAAGAACUAGUAACAACACUGGAACAAGUUACGAAAAAUGCUGAGGCUAGGCUUUUGGAGGGACGGGAAAUUGUACAAGAUUUAAAUCACACGAAUAGCAUUCUCUCUGAUACAGUCGAUCGAAAUAAUAAGAAGUAUCAAGCCAAGUUUAAAAAGAUGGAGCACCAAAUGUUGAAUAUGGCUGAAAAACAUACUGCACAAGUACACACACUUCAGCAAAGAAUAGCAACCCUAGAAACACCACCUACGAAUAGUUCAGAGAAUUCCUUAAACUCUAUUCCUAUGUAG